AUGAUUGUGAUAUUCGGUUCCCUCAAAGGCCUGCUCAAGCUUGACGAAAUUUGCAUCGACAACAAUGUCUUCAGGUUGCAUUACAAAGCAACGACGAUAUUCCUGAUUGCCUGUUCGCUGUUGGUGACUAGCCGGCAGUAUAUUGGCGAUCCGAUCGAUUGUAUCGUCGACGAUGCCGUUCCUGCUAGUGUGAUGGAUACAUACUGUUGGAUUCACAGCACGUUCACAAUUCCGAAUCGUCUUGGCGAAAAGAUAGGCGUUGAUGUACCACAUGCAGGAGUCGGACCCGAUGCAGGAGAAGAAAAGAAGUAUCACAAAUAUUACCAGUGGGUGUGCUUCUUUCUUUUCUUCCAGGCGAUUCUCUUUUAUGUCCCGCGUUAUUUAUGGAAAAACUGGGAAGGAGGGAAAAUCAAAAUGCUCGUGAUGGAUUUGAACACUCCUAUUGUGGAGGAAGAGACGAAGAAUUCGCGCAAGAAGCUCCUCAUUGAUUAUUUUACUUGCAAUUUGAACACCCAAAACUUCUACGCGCUAAGAUUUUUUCUCUGUGAGCUCCUGAACUUCGCCAAUGUGAUUGGUCAAAUCUACUUCAUGGAUACCUUCCUCGGUGGCGAAUUCACAAGUUAUGGGUGGGAUGUUCUCAGGUUUCAAGGUCGGGAGCCGGAAGAGCGGACUGACCCAAUGUCACGAGUUUUUCCGAAGGUGACUAAGUGUACAUUUCAUACGUAUGGUGUGUCAGGCACUAUCCAAAAGAUAGACGGCCUUUGUGUCCUUCCUCUAAACAUAGUGAACGAGAAGAUCAUGGUCUUCCUGUGGUUCUGGUUCAUCAUUGUGGCUGUUCUUUCUGGACUUGGGCUACUUUAUCGAAUCGCUGUUUUGUCUACCUCACGAGUGAGAUUGAUUUUCUUGCGUUCCCGGUCUCGGAUGUCUUACUCUGAGGAUAUUGAAAUGAUCAACUCCAAGUGCCAAAUUGGAGACUGGUUUGUGCUCCAGCAGUUAGGGAAGAACAUGGAUUCUUUGAUAUUCCGGGAGUUUAUUGAAGAACUGGCAAUGAAGAUGAAUGGGAAAGAGCCUUGA